AGGGUGGGUAAUUUGUUUCUUCGUUAUUUGCUUUUGCCGUUCGAUAUUGCUAAGGGCCGUUGAGGAAAUAGAUGAGGAUCCGCAGGCGUUUUUCCUCCAUUUCUUCUGAUAAAGCAGUCGCUUCUACUUGUACUGAAAGGGAGGAGGAGGAGCGGUGGAGGGGAGAGGAGUUUCUUCUGCCUCUCGCAGCGGCGGUGGUGGAAGUUGGAGGAGGAGGAGGAGGAGGAGGAGGAGAAGGAGGAGAUGAUGGAAUUGGUGGGAUUCACACCCGCCGCCCGCACAGCUGGAGGAAUGUGCUUUUUCAAUGCAACACACCAGACGAGGCAGUGCAGGUACGUGGGGGAGGCGACAAACCAAAUUACGGAUGGAAUGGGAUUAUAAGAGGAAAUCCAGAGGAUAAUCUCGGGCUUCUCCCAAGCGAAGGAAGCAGCGUCGAGCAAGAGAUCACGCAGCUGGAAUUGCCAAGAUCCGGUGGGUCUGAAAAAUGUUUAAUGUGGGAGAAGAAAAAGAGUACGAUCACGAAGAACACAAGCAAGCUGGAGUGCAUUACAAAAUGUCAUGUCAUAAGGCACAUUAAUGCAAGUGCAAAGGAGGAACGAAAGACAAAAUGCAAAGCCCGUGGUGAUGAUGAUAAUGAGGAGAGGUAUAUGCAUACAGGAUCUCAGUGUAGGAGGAGGAAUGGAAGGGGGUGGAGGUGCUCUCAGAGAACUCUUGUUGGGUAUCAUCUAUGUGAACAUCAUCUUGGAAAGGGCAGAUUGAAGAGCAUUAACAGCACCAUCAUCAAGGGUGGUGGAAGUGGAAUUUCAGUUUCAGUGAACAACAAAGGCACCAAAUUCAAAGAAUUGCACCUUAUCCACGCUACUGCUGCUGUGUUUCAAAACGUCGAACCAGAAAAACAUACACAGUUUAAAACAGAAGCGUGAAAAAUUCAUACCAAUGGAUACCCCAAAAGCUUAAGUUGAUGUACAAUAACUGCUGUAGUACUCAGUAGGAAUUGAAAGCUGUUCUCAUAAGUAUAGGCUAACAGGUGUAGCUGUUUCUCCGUGCAUCCCUUGAAAAAUAAUUCAAUAAUUUCCAUGCACGUACUUUCAGCAUUGAAUAUAUAAAAAAUUCUCUUUCAAGAAGUCAAGUUUUCUGUAAAUUUUUGUAAAGAUCUUUCUAUUUAUCAUUAAAUGCUGGUUGAUUAUUUGUC